AUGGCAAAAAAGAAAGGAGGAAAACAUCAACAAGAUAGUGACGACGACUUUGUUGACCCAAUCGAAGCAGCCAUGAAAGCAGGUGGAGCUAAAGGAGGAGCCAAGGGAAAGAAGGCUGCGGCAGCUGACUCUGACGAAGACAACAUUCCUCAACCAGCUAAGAAGGGUGGCAACAAACAAGCAGCUGCUCAAAAGACAACACCACCAAAGAAGCAAGAGAGUGAAGACGAACAAGACGACGGUAUUCCUCAACCAGCUAAAAAGGGUGGAAAGAAAGACAACAAGAAAGGUGGAAAGAAACAACAACAACAACAAGACGAGUCUGAAGAUGAAGACGAUGGUAUUCCACAACCAGCUAAAAAGGGUGGUAACAAACAAGCAGCUGCUCAAAAGAAACCAGUUGUAGUAGAGUCUGAAGAAGAAGACGACGGUAUUCCUCAACCAGCUAAAAAGGGUGGAAAGAAAGACAACAAAAAGGGUGGAAAGAAACAACAACAACAUGAAUCAGAAGAUGAAGAUGAUGGUAUUCCACAACCAGCUAAAAAGGGUGGUAACAAACAAGCUGCUCAAAAGAAACCAGCUGCCGUCGUUGUAGAAUCUGAAGAAGAAGAGGAAGAAGAAAUCCCACAACCAGUCAAGAAGGGUGGAAAGAAGGACAACAAGAAACCAACACCAAAGAAACAAGAAUCUGAAGAUGAACAAGAGGAAGAAGAGGAAGAGGAUAUUCCACAACCAGUCAAGAAAGGUGGAAAGAAAGAUAACAAGAAAGGUGGAAAGAAACAAGUUGUAGUCGAAUCUGAAGAAGAAGAAGAAGAAGAGGAAGAAGAAGAAAUCCCACAACCAGUUAAAAAAGGUGGAAAGAAAGACAACAAGAAAGGUGGAAAGAAACAAGUUGUAGAAGAAGAAGAAGAAGAGGAAGAGGAGAUUCCACAACCAGUCAAAAAGGGUGGAAAGAAAGACAACAAAAAGGGUGGAAAGAAACAAGUCGUAGAAGAAGAACUUGAAGAAGAAGAGGAGGAAGUCAAACCAACCAAAAAAUCAUCUAAAAAGGAUAAAUUAUCAUCAAAGUUGUCAAAAUUGGAAAUUCAAGAAGAAGAAGAAGAAGAGGAAGAACUUGAAGAAGAAGAGGAACUUGAAGAUGAACCAAAAGUAUUAACAAUUGCAGAAGCAAAAGCAGCCAAAUUAGCCAAAAAGAAAGCCAAAUUGGAGAAAAAGAAAGAAAAGGCAAUUAAAAAGAGACAACAAGAUGAAGAUCCAAUCAUUGGUAAUGUACCAACUCAAGAGAUUGAUUAUGACAAUGUAGACAUUGACGAUGUACCAGGUCGUGAACCACCCGCCUAUGUACAUUUAAGAACCUCUGCCGGUCUUCGUAGCAACAUUGGUAAUGAUAUCAAGUUUGACAAGUUGACUCUUUCCGUACCAGGCAAGAUCCUUCUCCAAGACGCUUCACUCACCUUGGCCUAUGGUAAAAAGUAUGGUUUUGUUGGUAGAAAUGGUAUUGGUAAAUCAUGUCUUGUCAAAAAGAUUGCCUCUCGUGAUGAAAUCACCAUUGCCCCACAUCUCAGAGUACUCUAUGUCGAACAGGAAGUCGUUGGUGAUGAAAACACUCCACUCCAAUGUGUACUAAAGGCAGACUCUGAACGUGCAUGGUUGCUCGAAGAAGAAAAGAUUCUCACCGAAUUGGAUAGAACCAAUCCAAAUUGGCCAUAUGAACCAAGAGAAAAAAGAAAUUAUAAUCUUCGUGAUAUUUAUGAUAGAUUACGUGAAAUUGAAUCUGAUAAAGCUGCUCAUAGAGCAUCAACCAUUUUAGUAGGUUUAGGAUUUACAACUGAAGAAAUUGCAACUAAACCAAGUAAAGAUUACUCAGGAGGAUGGAGAAUGAGAAUUGCAUUGGCGAGAGCAUUGUUUUGUAAGCCUGAAGUAUUAUUGUUGGAUGAACCAUCGAAUCAUUUGGAUCUUCAUGCUUGUGUGUGGUUGGAAAAGUAUCUCUAUGCUUGGGAUCGUACCUUGUUGGUCGUAUCUCACGAAGCCACCUUUUUAAAUGAAGUUGUCGACAAUAUCAUUCACAUUCACGACCAACGUCUUGACCAAUACCGUGGCAAUUAUGACGCUUUCCUCAAGCAAAGAGAGGUGAUGGUCAGAACCAAGGACAAGGCCAUUGACAAGAUGGAGAGAAAGAUUAAAAAGGAAAAAGAGUUUAUUCAAAAGAACAAAAACAAUACUCAGGCCAAGAGUGCAUCGUCACGUCAGAAAAAGCUUGACAAGAUUGAAGUGGUCGUUGCUGAAAAGGAAGACAAGUCGUUGGUUGUCUCGUUCCCCGAUCCUGAAAAGCUCACCCCUCCUCUUUUACGUUUUGACAAUGUAUCGUUUGGUUAUCCAGGACGUCCAACCAUGUUUAGAAAUCUAGAGACUGGUGUUGACAUGGACAGCAAGAUUGCCCUGGUCGGAAUGAACGGUGUAGGCAAGAGUACUUUGAUGAAGCUCAUGAUGGGCGAUCUCCUCGAAACCGAAGGUUACAUUGAACGUUCGAGAAAGAUGCGUAUCGCUCGUUUCUCUCAACAUUUUGUCGAUCAACUCAACACUGACCAAACCCCGAUCGAAUACUUCCAAACCAAAUUUAGCAAUCCCCCAGUACAAGAGAUUCGUAACCAUCUUGGUCGUUUUGGUAUCUGCGGCAACUUGCCACUCCACAAGAUCACUACCCUUUCCGGUGGUCAAAAGUCUCGUGUCAUUUUAGCAGAACUUGCUUGGGCUCAACCACAUGUCCUCCUACUCGACGAACCUACCAAUCAUUUGGAUAUCGAUGCCAUCGAGGCCCUUGCGAUAGGUAUCAACGCCUUCCAAGGUGGUGUCGUCCUCAUCUCUCACAAUCAACAUCUUAUCAAUAUGGUUGCCAAUGAAAUUUGGGUCGUUAAAAAGGAUGGUACCGUCACCAAAUAUGAUGGUGACUUUAUGGAUUACAAAGAAGAAAUUUCAAGAGAAUUGGAUAAUAUGAGAGAACAGUUAUUCGCAAAAGCAUUUCUACCUGAAAGCAAUAUCAUCAAAUCACUUGAAAAUCAAUUACCUUUUAUUCACAAUGAAUUGAUUGUAAUAUUUAAUAUUGAAUUGGAUAAAAUAGAAAAUAAUGAUAUUACAAGGGUUAUAGUAAGGUCAGUGGAAGAAGUAGAGAACAACAAUCCGAUUAAUUUAUCAUUUCUACCACCAAUGACCAAUAACUUGGUGUAUGAUUGUAAUAGACCUAUAGUGGUUGGAUCGAUACCAUCUACGAUUAAAACACUUGAAUUUGGUACCCAUCAUAACAAGGAAAUCAAUGAUCCUUUACUCGUACCAUCUUCGGUGACCGAUUUGAUUCUUUCAAACUCUAUAGUGUCACCUGGUGCCAUUCCAUCAAGUGUUACCUCUCUCACAUUUGGACCUAGAUUCUACCAUGAAUUGGAACCAGGGUCAAUCCCAUCCAAACUAGAAUCACUAAAGUUUCUUCGAAGCAACUAUAGUAAACCAAUACCUGAUGGCGUGGUACCAGACACUGUACGUGUCAUUCAAGGUAUCGAUUUGGAUCAUCUAGAUGAAUACCCACCAAACUUGGAGAGACUAGUCAACAACUCUGAACAUUUUGUUCAUAUCCCAUCCUUUCCCAAUUCACUCACUCAUCUCGACAUUUCACAAUGGCAAACAGAACCAACCCAACAAUGGAAACAAAUGAUUGUCACUACUCAAAUCACUCAUUUAAAAGUUUACAAUUAUGAACAUCAUAUGAAUAGUUUACCCUCAACUCUUACUCAUUUAAAAAUUCUUUAUGAAAAAAUGAAUAAUCCAAAUAUUAGAUUCCCAAAUAACUUAAAAAAUCUAAGUGUAUUUAGAUUUGAUAUUCCAGUUUACGUUGGAUUAUUUCCAGAGAGUUUAGAAAGUUUUACUUUUAUAGAUUCUUGUUGGUUAUUGCAAAAGGAUAUUUCGGCAGAUGUACUGCCUAGGUCAUGCAAAUUGAUAUCAAGUAAUAUGUUUGGUUAUUCACAUAAUUUGGAAUGGAUUGUUAGAAACAAAAGAUCAUUCUCGAUCAAUUGGAAUGUCAAAAAUGAAAAGAUUGAUUUUAGAUUCAUAAAUCAAGAUGAUGACACUGUCGUUUUUAUUGGUCAAAACUACUUUUUUGGAGGUAUCACAACUAUUUCUAGAUUGUUGAAGAUUGAAAAAGAAGGAUCCCCAUUUCAUCUAUUUAACAAGAUUAUGUAUCAAGAAUUUAAUGAAAUAUUUGGAAGAGAAGAAAUAAAAGGUUAA